UCCACACGCACGGUCUGACAUCACUUAUUACAAAGGGUGGAGAGAGACCACAUUGAAAUCAGUUCUCUCUGUAGGGGAAGGGAAUCUUUUUUCAGACAGAGGCAGGAGGAGGAAGUGGGCAUCAGCUGUGUCUCACACCGAGACUGCUUUCAGAUAUACAGACGUCUAUUAAACAGAUAGAGAGAGACAGACAGCGAAUCUGCAUCCCUGCAGCAAAGGUCUCGCUUUGAAAGCCAAGUGGAGGAUUUCCAGGUUGGGAGCGGAGAAGUCAGCAUCUUCCCGAGACACAGAGAGAUCUCUUCAUUGGCGUGAAGGAUACGGCAGACAUGGAGGAGUACGAUGCUUUACUGCAGGAGCUCUCUGAAAACAUAACCAACGAGGACCUGGACCAACUCAAAUCCGCGUGCAAAGAAGACAUCCCCAGCGAGAAAAGCGAGGAGAUCACUUCCUGCCAGGACUGGUUCAACUUCCUGGAAAAGCACGACAAGCUGGCAAAAGACAACCUCGCCUACAUUGAACAUAUUUUCGAGAUCUCGCGGAGGCCCGACCUUCUCACCAUGGUCAUUGACUACAGGACCAAAGUACUGAAGAUCUCAGCAGAGGAGGAACUUGAUACAAAACUUACUCGGAUUCCCAGUGCCAAAAAAUACAAAGAUAUUAUAAGGCAGCCAUCGGAAGAAGAAAUCAUCAAGCUAGCUCCUCCACCGAAGAAAGCCUGAGGAAGGCGGCGAUGGCGACUCGACCCUAUCCUGCCUCCGUCGUUGCUCCCCCUGUCCGCCUUGGAUCUCCCACUUUCCUCCUUGCACGAUCCGCAUCAGGAGCGAGGAGCGAGGCGUGGGAUAGAGCCGCUGGAGAUCCGUGUC